AUGGAGUUUAGAACUUCAGGCCAGCUAAUCGUUUAUGGUAUUCUGGUGUUUCUGGGGAUUUUAGGCAAUGUACUGGUGUUGGUGACAAUACUAGCCACAUCGAUGGAAAAUCAUGGCCUCGCCGCUUCCGACAUCAUUCUAGCAAACUUUGCAGCUGUCAACCUACUGAUUUCAACUUUUCGCAACAUCCUGCUGUUUAUCACAGAGUCCGGAGUGAAAAUUUCUCUGAACCUCAAGUGGUGUAGGGUGUUCAUGUUCCUCUGGUUGUGGCUGAAGUGUGCUAGUGUUUGGAUCACUUUAUGUCUCAGUCGCUUCCACUUUAUGAAGAUAAAACAACAUUUCCAUCUGAGCUCAAAGACAAAGGAGAUCGUCUACGUGGUGAUAAUAUUAUCGGCGGUGUGGUUUGUUAAUUGUCUCUAUUCUAUCCCAGCUAUUAUAUACACUGAGAAGGUUGGUGCGAAUCACACCAAGAAGCUAAUGCUGGUUAGCACCACAGAGGAACCUUUUCUUACUUGUUCCUGGAAAUUCCCAAAUCCACAGCAUGGUAUCAUAUUUGCAGCAGUCUCUCUCAUCCUGCAUGAAUUCCUGCCUAUUGUCUUAAUGAUCUGCACCAAUCUCAGCACUGUUUAUUAUCUCAACCAACACAUCAGCGCAAUUGCAAAUGACCACCUCCACAGUGUGCAGGUGGAACGAACAGCGGCAAAGUUAAUUAUGGCACUGGUGUCACUUUUCGUCCUGUGUUCGGGCACCCAUUUGGUGGCGGCGUUUUACUACAAUCACAACGCGGGCUCGGCCACCACCUUUUUGUUGACUUUGGCCAACUACUGUGCCUCGGUUUUCAUAGGUUUCAGUCCCUUAAUGCUGGCUGCGGGGCUCAGUAAACUGCGAAAUAAAGUUUGCAGCGCGUUACGCAUUAACAUUUCAUCGAGUUAA